AUGGAGAGCCGGUGCCCCGCCUGCUUCCACCCCCGCUCCGGCACCGCGGCCACCUGUCCGGUCUGCGACGCCGCGCGCACCACCACGUUCGGCGUCUCGCCCGCGGCCCGAACGGUGCAUGGGUCCUUCUCGCCCGCGCAGCCGGAGCAUCGUCCCACGGCCAACCGCUUCUCCUUCGGCGGCUCGCCCGCGCAGCCGGAGCAUCUGUCCACGGCCAACCCCUUCUCCUUCGGUGGCUCGCCCGCGCAGCCGACAAGCUUGCCGUUCCGGACAGACAACGUCCCGGAGACCUGCGUGUACGACGACGACGAGACCGUCGUGGAGCCGCUACUCGAUCGCCAGAGCGUAGUCCAAGAAGCGCUCGUCCUCAAGACACACUGCGAGAUUCCGGCCGUGGCGAGGGGCACGGCCCACGACGGCUUCGCCGUGCUGGUGCACGCCAAAGCUCCCGGCGUGGCGUCCACCGCCGAAAAAACGCCGGUCGACCUCGUGACGGUGCUCGACGUCAGCGGGAGCAUGACCGGCCAGAAGCUCGAGCUACUGAAGGACGCGAUGGGGUUCGUCGUGGACAACCUUGGCCCCGCCGACCGGCUCAGCGUCGUGUCCUUCUCGGACCACGCUCGCCGGGUCACCCCGCUGGCGCGCAUGUCGGUAGCCGGGAAGGCCUCUGCGAAGCUCGCCGUGCAGUCGCUCUACGCCGAUGGCUUCACAAAUAUCCUCAAGGGCCUUAAGAUGGCCGCCAAGGUACUCGACGGCCGCCAGCACAAGAACACCGUCGCCAGCAUCAUCCUGCUCUCGGACGGCAAGGACAGUUACCAGCAGCAAAGAAGCUACCAAUAUCUGGUGCCACGCUCCCUGGCGAGAAGAGGUGGCCGCCCGAUGGCGCCGAUACACACGUUCGGCUUCGGUACCGACCAUGAUCCGGCGGCCAUGCACGCCAUCGCUGAGCUGACCGGCGGCACGUACUCCUUCAUCGAGAACCAGGCGGUGGUGCAGGACGCGUUCGCGCAGUGCAUUGGCGGCCUCCUUUCCGUCACCGCACAGGAGGCAUGGAUCGCCAUCACGUGCCCACACCCUGACGUGCGCGUCCGGGACGUCAAGUCCGGUCGCCAUGAGAGCCGCGUCCUUGCGUACGGACGUGCCGCCUCGGUGGAUAUUGGCGAACUCUACGCCGACGAGGAGAGGCGCUUCCUGCUGUUGGUGGACGUGCCAAGAGUCGCCGGUGUCACAGACGAUGACGCCAUGGCCACACCUCUUAUCAAGGCGAGCUGCACCUACAAAGACACGGCGACGGGGAAGUCGAUGGAGGUGGCCGGCGAGGACGCCAUUGUGCAGAGGCCGGCGGAGGUGACGACGGACCAAGAGCCAUCCAUAGAGGUCGAGGUGGAGCGUUUCCGAGUGGAGGCAACACAAGACAUCGCGGCAGCGAGAGCGGCCGCCGAGCGCGGCGACUACGCCGAGGCCGCAAGGAUACUGGACAGACGGCAGAAGGCGGCGGCAGGCAAUCUGGCCGGCGACGCCCGGUGCAUGGCGCUGGUGUACGAGCUAGGAGAGCUCAGCGCCCGCGUGGCGACCAGGCGUGAGUACGAGCAGACGGGCCGCUCAACCCUGCUGUCCGGCAUGAGCUCCCAUGAGCAGCAGCGUGCCUCGUCUGCGAGCCUGUUUGGUAGCAUGGCGCCCGCCAUGACAGCAGGAUCGGCGGCACGUGGGCAUUUUUAUUCAGAAUCGUCGGCGAUUGCGUUUGGGGCGGCGGCAGGAGCGUUCGCUACGCCGGCAAUGAAGAACAUGGUGGAUUCAUCCCGGAAGAUACGUGAAAUGCGGCAGCAGUCGCCGGCGACGAUCAACUUUGCUCCGAACAAUGGCGGCAGCUAA